UGGGCACAUAAUCGCCGAUGUUUGAUCGUCCGUAUUGAAGAAAUAUCUAAUAAAAUAGAAGUAGAAACUAAGAGAGUAAGAUUGCUGUUUAUUUUGAGAAGAUGAGCAUUACAAAAGCAGCUGUUAUUGUCUGUCUCCUUGGAAUAGUAAAAUCGCAGAUAGGACGUCCGUGUUCAAGUUGGCAGGUGCAUUGUGCUGAUCAGAUUCAAUGUAUAUAUGAUUGGGAACAAUGUGACGGUGAAACAGUUCAUUGUCGUGAUGGAUCUGAUGAACAAGAGGAUAUUUGUAGAAAUCACACAUGUCCAAGUACUGACCUAAAAUGUGCUGAUGAUUUACAAUGUUUUUCUUAUCUGUAUCUUUGUAAUGGGAGACGGGAUUGUUAUGACGGAUCAGAUGAGACAUUUAAUAUCUGUAAAACCAAAGAAUGUGCAUUCAGACAGCGUUACUGCGAUAAUGGGAACUGUGUUUACAUUACUGAGUUCUGUAACGGAAAGGAUGACUGCGGAGACAAUUCUGAUGAAAAAGAACACUGUUUUCGUAACAAUCACUGAUUUCAUGUCUUUAAAUAAGAAAUUAAAGAAUGAUACAAUGUU